UCACCCUGGAGCUGUAAGACAACCCCUCUUGUGUUGUUGAAUGUUGCUUGGCAACCUCUUUUUUUUCCCCCAAUCAUGUUAGAAAUGACAGAGUUGCACCAGGCAGCUGCUGCUGGAGACUUUGAUCUAGUGGAGGAGAUUCUGAACAAGAAGAAAUGUAACCCCAAUCACAGAGACAUAGACUGGAACUACAAGACACCGCUUCACUGGGCAGCAGCCAAAGGACAGACAGAGACUGUUAGAAUUCUGGUGGAGCACGGAGCCAGAGCCUGCCUGAGAACUGAUAGUGGAUGGACACCUGCCCACUUUGCAGCCGAGGCUGGGAGACUUGGUGUGCUGCGCCUGCUCCACUCACUACACGCCCCCAUAGACAAAGAGGACUUCUCUGGUGACAAACCAGUCAGAAUAGCAGAAGUCUAUGGACAUAGUGACUGUGUUCGAUUUCUUGAAAGUGCAGAGCCAGAGUGCAGGGCCUACCGCCAGAUGGCAGUGUUAAACGGUUUUCCCUUGGACGACACGGACAAGGAAUGGGAGGAGCAGAGAAGAUAGGAACUAAACAGGACUGCAAAACAAGGGAUUACCAAACCGAUUUUAAAAAUGUUACACCACGAAGCACUAGUUGCAUUUGGCAGAAAAAUACAGACAUUACAUAUGUCACUGGCCAUACAGUAUGAAAAACUGUUCUGGACACUUACUAUAGAUAGAAACAGGUGUAGGUUACACAUUAUGCAAUUCAUUUUCCAUUCUACGAAUUCCUAUUAUGUAAUUUUACAUUCUACAUAACAUAUAGGCUAUAUUACAAUAGAAAAAUAAGGCUACAAUUAUAAAUGACACUGCACAUACUUCCUCAGUGUCAUAAUGUCAGUUGAUUAGUAUGGGGUUUCAUUUACAUGUAAACUAAGCCUAGAUGAAUAAACAGUAUAGGCAGAAAACGCAUCUAAAAAAAAAAAAUCAGAAUUGUCAAACUGGAUUAAAAAAAUCAUUUCGUCUUCAUCGUGGAUGCCAGUUUGGAACUUUCACUCACUGCUGAUUGUACCUGCUGGUGAAGAGCGAAAUAGAUCAUCAAUUAGCUAUGAAAUUACAUCCAGUUGGUUUAGACCAAUAAAUUAAAUUGUGAUUUGUGAACUCACUUUCAGGUUGAAAUAUUUCAGUAGUGCAACACGAAUCUGUUUGGAAGGAAUAAAAAAAAUGAUUGUAAUGGGUUUUUGUUUUGCUACAUAUUUCAGUCUCAUUCAUUAGGCAUUGUUGCCUGGUUACCCAUCCACAUCACUCCAGCCAAACGCCACACUCACUAAUGUUUCUUCUCCAACCGAGUGGGUGCGUUCAGUUCGAUUCAACUUUUGCUAGGUUGUGUAAACGGUUUGUACUGAAUGACACGUUUCCCUAAAAUGUUCUCGAACUGACUGAGGUAUGUUUUCUCUGUUGGGUGGGUGCGGUGUGGCUUAAAGCAAUAAGUGAUAUAUUUACAGGCCAGCAGCAUUUCCCAACCCACAACCCAAUAAAUUAUUUGAUAUUGAGAUAAAAA